UUGCCGUCUCACAGCGCCUGCUGUCUUGGAAGAAAUAGAAUGUUUUCAUGCACGCUGUUGAGAGAUACCAUAUAGGAAACAAGGAUAGGUUAUGGACCCGAGAAGUCCAAGAUCAAGCCUGGAAAUACGUGACGUCCUCACGUAUAAGGAGCGAGUGUAACGGAACGCCGCAUCAGGACAAGAGCCGGGGUAACCCGAGUCUGUAACCCGAGUGGCUCUCGCUCUUGUUCCAUGGCAUGUUCUCAGGUGAGCAGGUUCUUAUAGUUGUUUUUUUUUUUUAGAAAACAAAAUUCCGCUCCACUUGGAUAACGUCAAGGUUAUGACGAGCUUUCUGACAGACUUCUCAGUAAAGAAUGCACGUUGGUGAGGAAUAUCUGAGGAAUUUGGAGAGUUUGGACUCAUUAGCAUCUUAUUCCUGACCUCAAUGAAGGCAUGUCCCGUUUGCCAGUCUGGGGGGGACACUGGCGGGUUAAACGAAGGCCUCCUGCCCUGGUACCCCCAACUGCCUGGAUCACACACAUCGCAGAUCGCUUAUACUUUGCAACUCUCCGAGGAAAACCGAAAAGUACAGCGAACGCACACUACUUCUGCACAGACGACGAGUUUGUCUAUGAAAACUUCUACGCAGACUUCGGCCCUCUCAACCUGGCCGUGGUGUAUCGAUACUGCUGUAAACUGAACAAAAAGCUCAAGUCUUUCACUCUUUCCCGGAAGCGCAUCAUUCAUUACACCAGCUACGACCAGCACGAGAGAGCCAACGCCGCCUUCCUGAUCGGCGCCUACGCUGUAAUAUACUUAAAAAGAACUCCAGAGGAAGUCUACCGAGCCCUGAUAUCCGGGACUAACGUGUCCUACCUGCCCUUCAGAGAUGCUGCCUUUGGGAACUGCACCUACAACCUCACCAUCUUAGACUGUUUACAAGGAAUCCGUAAGGCCUUGCAGCACGGGUUCUUUGACUUCGAGACGUUCGACGUUGAGGAGUACGAGCACUACGAGCGUGUAGAAAAUGGUGACUUUAACUGGAUUGUGCCAGGGAAGCUGCUGGCCUUCAGUGGGCCUCAUCCCAAGAGCAAAAUCGAGAAUGGAUUCCCUCUCCAUGCCCCGGAAGCGUACUUCCCCUACUUCCGGCAGCACAACGUCAGCGACGUGGUCCGGCUCAACAGGAAGAUGUACGAGGGAAGCCGCUUUACAGACGCCGGCUUCGCGCAUCACGACCUGUUCUUCGAGGACGGCGGCACGCCGAGCGACAUCAUCAUACGCCGCUUCCUGCACAUCUGCGAAACGUCCGAGGGCGCCGUCGCCGUCCACUGUAAAGCUGGCCUGGGCAGGACCGGCACCCUGAUCGGCUGCUAUCUCAUGAAGCAUUACCGCUUCACGGCUGCAGAGGCCAUCGCAUGGAUUCGCAUCUGCAGGCCCGGUUCAGUCAUCGGCCAACAGCAGAACUUUCUGGAAGAAAAGCAGCACAGCAUGUGGAUGGACGGGGAUUUGUACCGCUCCAAGCAGCCGAGGCCGCGGCCGUACCCUGAGAGAGACCUGGCUCACCUCAUCUCCGGCCUGGACGACGUUUCUCUCAGCAGCAGCCUGAACACACUAAGCAUGGACGAGAAUGACCUCAUGGACAAUAACAUGGGCUUAACUCAGGGAGACCGCCUGAGAGCGUUGAAGUGUCGCCGCCCUCUCAGGUCUCUGUCCACUCUCGGCGGUUUACGUCCGAUUCCUGGCACCAUUCCUCCCUCGAAGUCUUCUAAAGCGCCGCCUCCUUUCUCCAGUGGCCCUGUAACCAGGAGACUGGCUCGAAGCCCGUCAUCCAGCGGAAACCUGAAGAGCUUUAAACCCGGCUUGGCCCGCUCCCUCGGCAACCUUUACAGCCUGGACGACUUUGUAGACGCCGAAGACGACGACACGUCCGCACCCUCCUACCCCGCCCUUCCUCCUUCGCUCCUCCCCUCGGGCCCUCCUCCACCCCGCUUCGGUUUCGGAUACCCCAUCCCGAGUUUCCAACAGGAAGUUAACAACAACCUGAACAGUCCUCCUGCUCCUGCGCGCAGGCCUGCGAGGAGAGGGAACUUCAGACCUUUAAACCCCAGAGUUCCCGUUUCGGGCGUGUUCGCGGGCCGCCACCUCAGCCGCUCAAUCCCCUCCCUUCAGUCCGAGUAUGUUAAAUACUAGCGCCACGGCGACGUGACACUGACUCUUCCUCUGUGAAGUGACUCCUCGCCGGGUUCAUCCUCCAAGACGGAGACCGCAAACUAAUAAACCAUGGCCUCACUGUGUCAGAUUUUUUUUUUUUUUUCUUUUCUCUUUUCAUUUCCGGUCACUAGAACACAUAAUGCUUCUAUAAUUGAACGUUUUCUCACGCUCGAGCUGCAGGAUUGUUGUUCUAACUGAAGGCUCUUGAGUUUUACCGACAUGGACCUCUUCCUCAGGGCAGAAAGAUGUGCGGUGAGGAAGCAGGAUUUUAGAUCUUGGAAAAAAACAAACCUCAGACAGACACAAGAUUCCUGCUGGAAAAUGCUCCGUCUCACCGCUCUGUGGUUUUUACAUGGAUCAUGUGACCUUUCAGAAGCACUCGAUUUCUAGAUGAACAGUGUAAAUCAGUGUUGAUAGUAAUAAUUAUUCACUUGUAAUCUCUCACACACACUCACUCACACAUGAUUCUGUUAUUUUUUUGGUAUAAUUAUGAUUGUUUCUGCCUAGAAAUGAGGUUUAGGCUUAAUUAAAACUCUAAUGAGCUGUAAAAUGUCUGUGUGUGUGAGAGAGAGAGAGAGCGUGAAAGUGUGUGUGUGUGUGUGUGUGUGUGUGUGUGUGUGUAUAUAUGAUAACUCACUCUGGGACAUUUUGUAUAGACAGUCUGAUUUGUACAACCCAUUUUUGUACAGACAGUUCACUCUUGUAUUGAUUGAUAAAAGCGAUCGGAAAUUAAACGUGUAAUGAUUUAACGGAUAAUAACUCGUCGCCAUGUGAACUGCGACAGGGUGUGUGAACUGUGUUACCAUGGUAACAGUGAGUACCUUUCGAAUCUCUCGCUCUCCUCUCUUUCUCCUCCCUCUCCCUCACCCUGUCUCUCCUCCCCCUUUCUCUCUCUCUCUCUCUCUCUCUCUCUCUCUCUGUGUCUGUGUUUAAACCUCA